GGCUAAAUGUCUUGAAUGUUAUUUAUGUUACUGAGUGUUAUGUUACUUGAAUGUUACUGAGUGAGCUAUCAACCAAAAGAGCACAGGCCAACAGCGGUCGUGUUUGAUGUGAAGAUGUAUGGACCAAAUUAACAAAUGAACGAGCUGAAGGCUCGUUUGCACCAUGACUAAGACACAAGCGCAACCAACUUCAUUCGAUUUCCGAAAUAAUAAGAAUAAAAAUGAAUGACGCAUGAGAUAAAGCGUGAACUUAUUUCAUUCCAAGUAAACUACGACAUCUUCCAUCCUCCAGCAAUAAAAAAGUUAUCUUUCGCGCCUUCCUCAAAACUCUUUUACGAUCAUUGAUCAUGGUCUACCUGUGGGCUGUUACCUAGUACCACGCGGUAUGAGUUAGGAAUGCCUGACGAAUUCGGGAUUUUACCUUCCGUGAAUGAUAUCUGGUCGCCGUGGUGGUCGUGGCUCUUAUUACAAGAACUUAUGUGGCAGAAAACGAGGUAGAGGUGAUUACCAUGGAAACCAUGGAGGAAGCAGUUACCAUAACAACCAGCCUCAACCAGCAAUUUACAGAGGUGUUAGAGAUGUGCAGUCUCUUUCAGAAACAUUGUCACGCCUUGAGGGUGCUAAUUACAAAGCCUACCAUGGUAUUCUAGGGUGUUGGCAGUUUAGUGGGUACAGAUUUUAUGUGGACAAAAUUCAAAGUGACCCAUUUGCCCCUCCAAGCCUUUGUAGAGUACAGAUGGACCAGUCAGUAGCCAACUAUCCAGAAUUUGCAAUAAGCUCAAAGACCCAAUGCACUGCUACCGCUGAUUACCUGACCAGAUGGUUUUCUAGCCUGGUGCACUCUGGUGGCCACGACAAGAAUUUUGGAGGAGGUGGUUGGCAUGGCAAAAAAGGAGGAGACAUUAGGAUUGAUAUACCCUCACAACAUGUUUUGGAAAGAACAUCGUGCCUGGUUACCAAAGAGCAAAUUGAGGUCCGUUUUACUGUAUCUCUUCCUGCACAUGGCCGUACUAUUGAGGGCAAUGCCUGCCGAAGAAUUCUCACAGAGAAUCUUCCUGGCAUCAUUGAAAAGGCUCUCCCGUUUCAAAGUCAAGACAAAGCCAGUCUACAGCGUCACGUGGAGUUAGUUGAAGACCAGACCUAUCUGCGGGCACAGUUGUCCGCGUUAAAUCUUGUUGCAUUCGUGCGUGAUGGGGCGGUACUUCCGCGCAUGAGUGGUGCAGAUGAUCGACCGAUGUCCGCUGAUCAGGCUGUCUUAUUCCAGUCUCCCUUAUCCAUGAGGGUGGAUUUCAAGCUGCCACACUCAGGAAGGAUAUCCGGUAUGGGGAUCCCCAAGGGUGUCAGCCUGAUUGUCGGCGGCGGGUUUCACGGCAAGUCCACGCUUCUGAAUGCCAUAGAGAUGGGAGUGUAUGACCAUGUACCGGGCGAUGGAAGGGAGUUUGUGGUCACAGACUCCAAGGCGCUUAAAAUACGAGCCGAGGAUGGUCGAAGUAUUGAGAAAGUCGACAUACGGCCCUUCAUCAACAACUUACCAUUCGGCCGUGACACAAGUGUAUUCAGCACGCAAGAUGCUAGCGGUAGCACGUCACAGGCCGGGAAUAUCAUCGAGGGACUGGAAGCGGGUGCCACGUGCCUACUUAUUGAUGAGGACACGAGUGCGACGAAUUUUAUGAUACGAGAUUCCCGGAUGCAAGAGCUAGUGGCAGCGGACAAGGAGCCAAUCACACCCUUCAUUGCCAAGGUGCGAAGCUUAUAUGACGAUUUCGGGGUCUCCACCAUUCUUGUUAUGGGCGGAUCUGGAGACUACUUUCAGGUUGCUGGUCACGUCAUAAUGAUGGACUGCUAUCAGGCGCAUGACGUCACACAGAAAGCAAAGUCUAUCGCAGCAGAGACUAUCAAGACCAACCCUCAGACUUUCCUCCCUUUCAACAUGACGAAGGCGAGAAUUCCUCUACCGCAAAGCCUGGAUGCGUCGAGUGGCGACCGAGAGAAGGUUCGAGUUCGUGGAAAAACGCAGUUUGGAUUCCAGGUUGAGUUUGGAAACGAAGAGAUAGACUUGUCCGGAUGCGAGCAAGUAGUGGAAAAAAGCCAGACACAUGCUAUCGGUGACUCAAUCCUUCAUGCACGCAACAAUUUUAUGGAUGGUGGCAGCACAAUGGCGUCUGUGUUACAAAGAAUGGAAGCCGAUUUCAACGAAAAGGGAUUAGACGUACUGUGCCCACAUAUUCCACUGGGUAACUACUCCCGCCCCAGGCCCCUAGAGAUUGCUGCAGCCAUCAACAGAUACAGGUCCCUAAGGAUCAAGUGAUCAAGAAGUGUAUCAAUAGAUACAGGUCCCUGAAGAUCACAAUGGACUUCUUGAUCAUCACGAGGGACUUCUACAAUACAGCACCUCGGAUUACUCAACAUGUUACACCCUAAAGAAAUGGUUCAUAUGUACAUAUAAAAAGAUAGCAAACACUUAUUUAUUCAGACAAAUAAAUUUUAUUGUCCAUA